AUUAAUUCUCUAUAAAAAUAAAAAAAUAAUAGUAUAUCAUUAAUUCUCGUCAAAUAUGCAACAAUUUUCCCAUAAUAAAAUCCUUGUACCUAAAACUAAAGUAGACUUUUGUUCCAUUUUCCCUUUUUAUGAAAUCAACAUUAAAAGUAAAAACUUUUACAAGUUGCAAACGUAUUCCAAAUUAACAAGAGAUGACAUAAUCCAAUCUUAUUAUGGACCCCACUUUCCAUAACUGAGCCCACACAAACAAUUUUACCAAAAUUUCUCUCUCCUCCCAACUCCAAGCUGCCCCCACAAAAUUAUUUUCACCAUCCAUCAAACAAAAAAACCCUAACCCCCACCUACACUCUCAAAAUCUCCCCUCUUUUUCUCUCUCCUCCCCACCAAAUGGGUUCUGAAUCAACCACAACAACCACCAUCUUCCACAACAACAAUCUCCCUUCUUCCGACCCCACUUUCUCUCUCCUCUCCACCACAACCGCCACUUCUUCCGCCGCAAAAUCCACCAAACUUGCCGUUACUCGCCGCUCAAACGCUUCCAAAGACCGUCACACUAAGGUCAACGGCCGAGGGAGGCGCGUGCGUAUGCCGGCACUUUGCGCAGCGCGCAUCUUCCAGCUGACGCGCGAGUUAGGUCAUCGUACAGACGGGCAGACUAUUGAGUGGCUUCUUCGACACGCUGAACCAUCUAUUAUUGCUGCUACUGGUACUGGUACUGUCCCUGCUGUUGCGGAAUUCUCUUCUCCGGCGAAAUCGUCUUCGAUUCCGGCGAAAGCGUUGCCGUUAUCGGUUGAUUCUGGUUGUUAUUUUCCGUCGCCGGCGGUUUUGGAGUUCGGGUAUCGGCACAUUCCGUCGUUUACUGCGUUGUUGCUGCAACCCGAUGACGGACAACAACAACAAUUGCAACAAGAAGAUGAACAACAACAACAAGAAGCGGGUGUUUUGGGUUUUGCGAAAGAAGAGAUUGAGAAUUAAGGAUAAAAGUGAAUGUAAUUUAAGUUGUGUGUUGCUAAGUUUGUAAUUUUUUUAGGGUUAGGGUUAGGGUUUUAGAGAAUGAUGAAAUUAGAGAAUUGUUGUGAAGGGCUGAGGAAUGAGCGGUGUUUGUUUCAUCUCUGUGAAAUUGAACUGUGAAGCCCUUUAUUUUGUUCUUCA